AUGAAGUUAAUUAUUUCAUUAUUAAUCACUUUGGUUGUGAUUGAGAGUGCACUGGCAUUUGAUUGUUGUGUACCUGAUCAUUGGCAAGGAAGCAGUUUGACUACGACUUCAACAGGCGAGUUGAUUGAAAAGACAUACUAUUAUGAUGCAAUCAAUCUUAGGACUAGGAUUGAUACUCGUACCAACACUGGAUUCAAUCAGACCACCUACUCUUACUACCCACCCACCAACAAGACUGGCACUGAAUGGGUGAUGGACGUCACUGCCGACCAAUGCUUCCAGACCGGACCAGACUUUUGGAACUACCAGUGCUUUGGCCAGACUUACGGUCUGCCACUGAUCACUCAGACCCAAUACGAGUACAUCUUCUACAAUGCAGACAAUGGCAUCAGUGUGGUCACUACCAAGGGUGAUCGCUGUCUUCCCGUGUCAAUGUCAUUUGGUCUUGCUGGUACCACCACCGACUUCCUUGAUGUUCAACCAUACAUCACUGAUGAUAAAGUGUUUGACCUUCCAUCUCAAUGUAAACAA